GGUCGCGUGUGUGUGCGCGCGCCCUCGCUCCGUCUGACCGGAGCUACACUACAAGCGGAAGUUACGGUAUUUCUCGUCUUCUCUAAAAAAGUGAAAACCAUCGCAGACGAUCCCCGGUUUACGCGGAUUACAACCUCGACGCGCUGUAUACAUGUGCACGCGGUGGCUUUGUUUUUCAUCUCGUUGUCAAAGCUUCUCUGGAUGUGUGGACCGCUGGUUUCCGUCGCUGAUAUUUCUUUUCAUAUAUUUGGGAAAUUGAUUUGAUUUCACGGCUGUCUGGGUAGAGGAUGGUCAUACAGUUAAGCGCUGACAGAAACAGAGACGCGCUUUGAUUGAAGCGUUUUUCUGUUAUGUAUUGAUUCUAGCUUUACACACGGCGGGUUUCCGAUUCUUGUUGAUACAUAGCGGGAGAGAGAGGAGAAGAGAAACAUGUACUUUAUUCAGUGAUGACUCGGCUCGGUUUCACAUAGCUGGAGCUGUUAAAUCACAUUCGUCCACAAAAGCGAAUCUCGUUUUGCGCUGGAUUUCUAUUGGAAGUGAAUGAGAUGGCAGACGGCGGUCGGGUGAAGCACGACAGCCCGAGCUCGAGCCCGAGUGCCGGGAGGAAGAAGGCUCAGCAGUCGCCCGCUUCAAAGACGCGGUAUUCGGUCAAUGCUCCGGGACACUGCUUUCGGAAAGUGACCCUGACCAAACCGACCUUCUGCCAUCACUGCAGCGACUUUAUAUGGGGCAUUGUCGGGUUUGUUUGUGAAGUGUGUAACUUCAUGUCCCAUGAGAAGUGUAUAAAGCACAUCAGGACCGUGUGUUCAUGCAUGGCUCCCACACAGGUUCGGGGUCCUGUAGCACAUUGCUUCGGUCCAGCCGGUCUGAAGAAGAGGUUCUGUUGUGUGUGUCGGAAGCAUCUAGAAGGAAGCUCGGCCCUGCGCUGUGAAGUGUGUGAGCUGCAUGUUCACAGCGACUGCGCUCCGUUCAGCAUCAGCGACUGCCGUUUCUGCCACAAAGAUGGAGGUCAAGACAUUGACACGUAUCAGCACCACUGGCGGGAGGGCAACGUGUCCUCAGGUGCCCGCUGUGAGGUCUGCCGGCGCACCUGCAGCUCCUCGGACGUCCUGGCUGGCAUGAGAUGCGAGUGGUGCGGCGUUACGGCACAUGCGUCAUGUUAUAUAAUCAUUUCCCCGGAGUGCAGCCUGGGGCGUCUGCAGAACCUGAUUCUUCACCCCAGCUGCGUGAGGAUCUGCUCGCGAAACUUCAGCAAAAUGCACUGUUACAGAAUCUCGGAGAAUUCCCAGCAUGGAGAGAUGGAUACUCUGGAUGAUGUCGAUACUCCGAGUACAGUCACGGCAAAGGAAACUCAGUCCUCGGGAUCACCUGACACGGGGAAACAGAUGCUCAAAGUGUUCGAUGGCGAUGACGCAGCCAAGCGGAAUCAGUUUCGUCUGGUAGCGAUCCCUCGAAUAAUCAAGAAUGAGGAAGUAGUGAGUUAUGCGGAAUUCUACUUCCUGUACCGACAGGAAGCAGCACUCAGAGCCUUGUAUAUCCCAGACGAGCCGCAGGGUUACGAGCUUCAGAGUUACGGCCAACAGGGACUGUUUACAGAUGACAUCAUCAACCGCAACGGCACGCCCGACAACAAACCCGUGUUUAAGGACAGUGCAUCCGAAUUCUGGCUUCUCAGAGCCAAACCCAGAGAAACGGAGGUGUUGAAGAUUUACGCCGGCUGGCAGAAGGUUGGAAUCAAUCACGUCUCGGUUACUGCUGGGAAAAGCACUACGGUAGAUUCAGUCAUAAAGGAGGUGCUGUCACUGCUUGGAAAACAGAAUGAAAAUCCUGAAAAUUUCAACCUAGUGGAAGUUUUAAUGAGCAGCAAACAAGUUCAACGGCAAGUUCUCAAUGGUCAGGAGCUUCUGCUGGACAAACUUCAGGAGAUACGGAAGAUCUCAUUGCGGCAAAUGAACCAAACACGGUAUUACAUCGAGGAGCGGAGGAAUGGUGUGGUGCAGGUCAAUCUGCUGCUGGGAGGUCUUCCUACACAACUCGACAAAGAGGAAUACACGCACCUGCUAUCAGAACAUCUGGCUAUAAAGAGUCACCUGGUUACGAUGACUCAUGUAUAUGCCGGUCAAGGUGCGGUUGUUCUGCAGAUCAGCUGUUUUUCAGAGGCAGAGAGGAUUUACAUGCUGGCUAAAGAUAUCAGCAUCAGCGGCAAACCACUCUGCUCACUGGUUAUACCUGACAUCACGCAAAGCAAGUUGCCCAAAGGAAGUUGCCCACUGUUGGUCUUUGUCAACCUUAAAAGUGGUGGACUGAAGGGCAGAGAGAUCUUAUACAGUUUCCGCAAACUUCUAAACCCUCACCAAGUGUUUGAACUCAGCAGUGGAGGACCGUUACCCGGGCUACACACGUUCAGGGAUGUUCCUCGGUUUCGUAUCCUUGUCUGUGGAGGUGAUGGCACAGUGGGAUGGGUGCUGGGGGUUCUGGAGUCCAUCCGACACAAAAUCGCCUGUCCUGAGCCAGCGAUCAGCAUCGUCCCGCUGGGCACCGGGAAUGAUCUGGCCCGGGUUUUGCGGUGGGGGGCGGGCUACAGCGGAGAAGAUCCCUACAACAUUCUGAUAUCAGUGGAUGAGGCAGAGGAGGUCCACAUGGACCGCUGGACGAUUCUUCUGGAUGCACAGGAAAUGACGGAGGAUGGCAAAGAGAACGACUUUCUAGAGCCGCCCAAGAUUGUGCAGAUGAAUAACUAUUUUGGCCUGGGCAUCGACGCUGAGCUGAGUCUGGACUUUCAUCACGCGCGUGAGGAGGAACCGGAUAAGUUUAACAGCAGGUUUCACAACAAAGGCGUGUAUGUGAAGGUGGGCCUUCAGAAGCUGAGCCACACGAGAAAUCUUCAUAAAGACAUCAGACUGCAGGUGGACAAACAAGACAUAGAACUUCCCAGUAUAGAGGGACUGAUAUUUCUUAACAUUCCCAGCUGGGGUUCUGGUGCUGAUCUGUGGGGCUCUGACAGUGACUCUCGUUUCGGGCGGCCCAGGAUCGAUGACGGCAUGCUGGAGGUUGUGGGUGUGACGGGUGUGGUGCACAUGGGUCAGGUUCAAAGUGGGCUGCGUUCUGGGAUUCGUAUCGCUCAGGGCAGCUACAUUCGCAUCACUAUGACCAAACCCAUUCCAGUGCAGGUGGACGGAGAACCUUGGAUACAAUCACCAGGACAGAUCAUCAUCUCAGCCGCAGGACCAAAGGUGUGCAUGCUGAGAAAAGCCAAAACCAAGCAAAAGAAACAAUCGGGCAGUUUAAAGGAAGUCCGAUCUGACAGUCCGGCUCCCAGCGAUGGAGGCCAGUGACAAUCCCAGCAAACGCACAAACACUCCCAAACGUCGUCUUGACAGGUUCUCCAGUGGCGUUAAAGGGACAGUUCACCCAAAAAUGAAAAUUCCGUCAUCAUUUAUUUACCCUCAAGUUGUUUCAAGCCUGUAGAAAUGUCUUUGUUCUGCUGAACACGAAGGAAGAUAUUUGGAAGGACUUUCAGUUCUGGGACACCAUUGACUGCCAUAGUAGGAAAAAUGAAAAUGGUAGUCAAAGGUGCCCCAGAAGUGUUCGCUUUCCUACAGUCUUCAAAAUAUCUCAUUUUGUGUUCAACAGAACAAAGAAUAUACCAUUUCUUUUCUACUAUGGUGGUGAAUGACGUGCCAUAACUGAAAAUUGCUAACAUUCUUCCAAAUAUAUUUCUUUGCGUUCAACAAAGACAUUCAAACAGGUUUGGAACAACUGGGUGAGUAAAAAUGAAAUGAGUUUAAUUUUGGGGUAAACUAUCCCUUUAAAGCUGUUAUCAUGUUACAGGUAGAAUGAAACGUGAAUGUUUACUUGUGAAGGUUUGUCAUCUCCAACAUCUCAGAGUCUGUAGUGUUAACAAGCCCUGUGAGAUAACAGCACUGCAGUUUCUCAGGACUUCAGCUGCCCGCGCGGCCCGUGUGGCCUGUUUUUUGCCUUAGAAUCUUGCUGGUAUAGAUUUUUAUUUUUGUUGCCAGUUUUUUAAUUUCAAUGAACUUUGUCUUAAAGUAGUCCAUCACUGUAAUAUCAGAAGCAAAUAUCUGUAGCAACCAGUAUUUACUCAAGUGACUUUGUGCAUCAAAAACCUGCCCGAUAGGAGUAUCAUCUAGUUUGUGGUCUAGUUAUCAUCAACCGUCUUAACUUGACCGUUAGCGUUAUUUAUCAACGUCAGUCCCUUAGUAGCUUUUACAAGUAUCAAAACAAUGCAGUACGCGAAUACAAGUCAAAUGUUUGAGUUUGUAUUCAUUAUGAACACAUUUAAAAAGCGCAAGUUGAGCAGAGGGACGUGUUUUUGAAAGAGGUACCGAAAAACUGUGAAAACAUUUACAAACAGAUGUGGAUUUUAACGCAAUUCACAAAAGAUGAAUGUUUGUAAAAGACGAUGUGUAUUGACACAUUAACCACUUUGUGUUUUCGUGUAAAUAAUAUAAGACCCUAUAUUAUAAGACAGCCGAUAAACCAUUCCACACGUGAUCAUAUAGCCAGCCGCAGGAUUUAUCGAUGUCAAAGGUUAUUGAUGGUGCCUGUAUGUCUCACUGAUGGCAUUCAUCAUUUAUCUUCAUUGAUUCAUCACGUUUACAAGAUCCUGUAGAUCAAGCGGAGCAUCAAUCAUAACUCCUCAUGAUUUGAAAGUAGAUGAAUAUGUUUGUUUUCAUCCGACAGUCGUGUAAAGCUACUCGUCCUAUUGUUGGCUCUCUAGAGACGAGCAUCGUGCUGUAAUAUUUAGCUAUAGUAAAUCAUCAAAAAUAGCAUAUAUGUCCUUUAUGUACAGUGACUGGUCAGCCCUGCUUCAGCAAUAUGGAUUUGCGAGGCUGGCCUUUGAUUUGUAUAUACGGUCACUCUCCAUUCCUUUCGGGGAGUUGUUUUGCCUGGCUUUUACUACGGUAACCUAUGAGGCGGCUCAUCUACCUCUUCACCUGAACACAUCACUGCCAAGAAUGUAAUGUAACUACGGAGGGUUAACAAAAAUGUCCCAAAAGAUGUACCCAGUUUGAAUUUGAAGAGCAAAUGUGGGCCAUUUGAUGGUUGACUGUCAUUGUGCUUUGGUUCUUCAAGGUAUCUUAGGUCCAUGUCAUUGUUGUGUUGUUUGUUGCCAGCGAUGUGUACGGUAGUGACUUUCUGCAACGGUUGUGCCUGUUGCCAUGACAACCCCUAGAACUGACGUGCUGUUCUGCGUAUAGUGCCUCAUAUAAGUGCUUCUGGAUCUUCUGCGGCAUCUGCGUUUAUUCUGUUCUGUUCGUCUGCUGAUUCAGUGGUUGUGAAGUAGAACUGUGCUGUUCUAGAUCGUUUAUGUGCCUACUAAUAGAGUGAAUCGCUCAAAAACAUGACCGGGUCUGAUUUCACCCUAACGUCGAAGAAAAUAUUUGUUUUGACAUCAAUUAAAACUGAAGUUGGCGUUGGGAAGAUUUACAAUUUUUGCAUUGUAUUAUUGUUUGCUGGCCAUUUAAAUGCAUAGUUGUUUCACAAAACAGUUGCGAUGCCAAAAAAGUCCUCAAAUUUUGAUGCUUUUGGGGUGAAAUACGACCAAGACAUGAUCUUGAAGUUUUGUGAGAUUCAACCAAUAGCUUUAUUUGGUCAAAACUAUUGAGUUAUUUUAUCUCCUGGUGUAAUUGAAGUUUUAUUUUGACUUAGAAAGUGUAUGAUUAAUGUUCUGAGAACUAUAUAGAUGUAUAUUUUUUAAGAGAAAAUGUUGUUUUUAAUUUAGACUGUAAAGAAUCUCGCACUGAACUGAACUGUUCCAAGACGCUUUUAAGUGUACAUUAUAUGUUCAAUGAAUAUUAUAAAACUAAAUGUAUAUCAACAGAUGGAUGUGUCCAUUAGAAAAAAAACAU